AAUUUUCCUACCAAAGCUUCGAAAAAUUUUCAGGCAAAUAAUAUGUGGUUUUACACUUGUUUAAGUAUACUUCGUCACGUCGUAGUGUUGAAUAGUAAUAUGAUGACUUCGAGAGGAAGUUACGAGUAAAAUGCAUAAAAACAGUACGUAUGUAAGACGUAUGAAAUAGAUACGAGUAAUUUCGAUGUUUAGUUCAUCGUACACUGCAUCGUCGUCGUCGUCGUCGUGAAAAAUAUGAGUCGUUUUUAUGCGGCAGUUGUGCCAUUGAUGCUGUACGCUGUGAUGAGCCAGGCUGCUCCUAUGGUAGGUUCAACCAACAGCCAAGGAGAACCCACCUCAGCAUCUGUACCAGGAGCGAUUCCCAGUCCACCGCAAGGUUCUCCUAAUAGGCAAGAUCUGCCAAGCCAUGAAGAAUCACUAGGAUCUGACGGAGUCCCACAGGUAAUUCCCGAACCACCGGAACGUUCCCCUACGCGGAUUUCGUCCGGGCUUGCACCAACUUCUCAUGCAACGAUUCCACCUACCCCAAAAGAACAAAUCCCAACCGCAUCUAAUGGCCCGCCACAAUACAUUCCAAAACCACCUCCACCUCCUCCUGCGCCACAUCCGUCUACAGUUACAGCAUCAGCUCCGGUAAGUGUGCACGUAACCUCACAUCCACCAUGCCAAUGCUCAUGCCCACCAAACUCGCACCCUGUGCCUUGUCCAGACAACAGCCAAUCGCCAGCAAAUACCGAUUCAUCAGCUGAGAAGAAAGACGAACCGAAGAAGAAAACUGGUAUAUGGAAUGGGUUAAAAAAAGUAGUCACACUCGUAUGUAACUCUGUGUACGAGGGUGUGUUCGGAGAAAACGGUGUUUUGACUAAUCUACCCGAUAAAAUAGUCCUAGCAACGCCGGUGCAGCCAAAAAAAGUACAAAUACAGAAACAAGAAAGCCAGAAUGGAAAAAGCGGCGGUAGGAGAGUAACAGCUUGCUGUAUUUUCGGCUCAUCCGGACCUGCGGUACUAGGUGAUGAGAGUGAUGAUGAAACCACCACGAAAGCAACAGAUACACAAAGCGGUCAAUCUCAAGCACCGCCAAUCAACUUGACUUUUGUCAGAAAUCGCUACAGUAGCGAGCCCGGUGCUCCUGCUCCAACUCCUGCUCCCGUUGUUCCAGGUGCGAAGAGCAAAACAUCAAAUAUUGUGUUCAAUGGCUGCUGCGUAGGUAAACGAUUGUUCAACGUCAAAACAUUUUUCACAUGGAAUUUCAAACCGCAAAUCAACAUUUGUUCGUGCGCCUUUAAUGUAAACGGAGCAGAAGUAAAUACGUAGUUGGUAGACAAACCGAUAUCUUUUGUUCAGCUCGAGUCCCAUCAGUAUAAUUCCCUCAAGUUAACAAAUUAACAAUUAUUUACCUAUGUAGCUUACGGUGUAUUUUCAUUUAUAAAAUGAUCUGAAUAAAUUAUUACUAAUUUUUAUAGCAUUUUGGAUAGGUAAUAUGAAUCUUGACACAUCAAGUUACCAGUAGGACACUACACAGGGGUAUGCUGGUCCGGUAUUUUCUUCCUAAAGCAUAUUUUUUAUACUUAACUCGAAAACUAUAGUAUUCAAGUACGAAAAUUUUACAAAAGUCCUUUCUUGUAAAAACUGAAAAAAUAUGAUCAAUUUUGUAAAAAUCUUGAAAUUUUAUGGAGUAGAACCUGAGAUAUUGAAAAAAAAAUAUGAAAAAUUAUUUUUUCCCUUUUCAGAUAUCUUACACUGAGAAAAAUCACUUUAGUAAAAAUUACUGAAAAGUUUAGUAAAGAGGACCUCUGGUCACUUUUUUGUAGUAUUUACUACAUUUCUUAGUACAAAUUACUAAGAAACGUAGUAAAAUGUACUGUUUCUACUACAUUUCUUAGUAUUAUGUACUACAAAAUGUAGUAGCCUAAAUUCUACAAAAAGGGUUACCAGAGGGCCUUUUUACUAAAUUUUACAGUAACUUCUACUAAACAGUUCUCUCAGUGUAGGUUCCACAACAUAAAAGUUCAAGAUUUUUGCGAAAUUGGGUCAUAUUUUUUCAUUUUCUACAAAAAAAUACUUUUGUAAAAUUUUUGUAGCUGUCAUAGUUUUCCAGUUAUAACACGCUUUAGGAAGAAAAUGGCGAACCAGCAUGC